CGCCCGCUGCCGCGCGUCCAGGACACCCUCACUCCACCCCCGGUCGUCGUCGUUCGCGUGCGCGGCGUCGACGCGCAUGGCGCCGAAGCACGACGCGAAGCCAUCCUUCCCCGAAAAAUACGUCGUUCCCGAGCGAUGGACGCCCCCAGGCGACCUCGGCGGGAAGUUUGGCGGGAUGAACCGCCCGACCGCGGGCGCGCGGUUCGAAAGAGCCCUCCCAGUCGGGAAGCACCCUCUGCAGCUGUACUCCCUCGGGACGCCGAACGGGCAGAAGGUGACGGUGUUGCUCGAAGAGUUGGGGCUCGACUACGACGCGUGGAAAUGCGACAUCGUCGCCGAUCCGCCCGCGCAGUUCAGCUCCGGGUUCGUGGAGGCGAACCCGAACUCGAAGAUCCCGGUGCUGAUGGAUCACAGGGACGCGAAAAGUCACGGCGCGCCGCCGACGCGGGUGUUCGAGAGCUGCCACAUCUUGUUGCACCUGUGCGAAGCCGCCGGCGCGAGCGGAGAAAAGUUUCUACCGAGCGCGCGCGUCGAUCCGCGCGGACGGACGGAGUGCCUCAACUGGCUCUUCUGGCAGGCUGCCUCCGCGCCGUACAUCGGCGGCGGGUUCGGGCACUUCUACAACUACGCGCCCGCGAACUAUCAGUACGCGAUCGACCGGUUCGCGAUGGAGACGAAGCGACAGCUGGACGUGUUGGAUAAGCAACUCGCGGGGAAAACCUUCGUGGUGGAACGAAACGACGACCGAUACGGGGACGCGCCGACGAUCGCGGACUUUGCGAUCUACCCGUGGGUGAAGUGCAUCGACGUGCACUACGAGGCUGGGGAGUUUCUAUCGUUGAAGGAGGACUACGCGAACAUCACGCGGUGGUGCGAGACGUUGGAACGACGGGAAGGGGUGAAGAGGGGGAUGCGGGUGAACGCGUUCGGGCCGGGCGCGGUGGAGGAGCGGCACAGCGCCGCGGACUUUGAUUAGCACGUGUACGAGGUGUAGUCGCGGUUCAUUGUGUGGUAGUACAUUCUUUAUUC